GUCUCCGAAGAAAUACACAGUUCUAGUAUCACCAAGGACUCCGAGUUCUGGGUCGAGGACGGCACCAUUGUGCUUGUCUCGCAGAACGUCGGCUUUCGUGUCUACAAGCAAGAACUGGCCGAACGCUCGCCACUUUUCUCUGAUCUUCUCUCGAUCCCUCAGCCCGCCCCCGCGGGUUUUGAAGAAACGAGCGACUGCCCCGUCGUCUCUCUCACUGAUCCCCCAGAUCAGUUGAGACAUUUAUUUCGGGCGCUGUUCUCGUCCGGCGGACAUGUAACGUUUGCCAAACGCGAAGAACCAUACUCGAUGGACGCAGUCGCCGCCAUCGUCCGCUUCUCCCACAAGUACCAGAUCGACCACCUCCUCGCGCAGGGCCUCGCGCUCCUCAUGGAGCAGUACACGGACGAUUUCGAGACGUGGAAUACGCCUGACCGCACGCUGCCUAUCGCCGCCCGCGAUGUCGACGCGAUUACCGCGAUCAACAUCGCGCGACUCACGAACACCCCGUCGUUGCUCCCGCUCGCAUGUCUCGCGGCCAGCAGGGCGGGCACGGGGAUGCUGCGGGGGUGCGUGCGCGACGGGCGCGUUGUCGAACGGCUCGCGUUCCCGGACAUCGAGCGCGUCCUAAACGGGCGCGCGGCGUGGUGCGAGGCGAGCAGCAAAGCAAUCGCGCGCGUGUUUGCGCCGGACGACGUGAGCGUAGGUUGCCCUGAAAGGCGGCGGUGCAUGAGGAUACUCGCUUCGAUGGCGGGCGCGCUGGACAACAUUCUGGAUAAGAUGUACAAGAGUACGAUGGUGUACGUGUGGGCGAGCGAGUUCGAUGAGGAGGACGAAGACACGGGGUGCAAGCUGUGCGACUCUUGUCGUGAUAUGGUCGAUGCGCGCGAGCUCGAAGAGCGCAAGAGGCUGUGGAAUGAGCUUCCCGCUAUGUUUAACCUCACUGUGGAGGGAUGGUCGGCACCGCUAUAG